AUGCCGUCGGCGGAGACGUUUCGUGCAAGAGAAGUGUACAGGUACUACCAGCCGAGGGACAUCACAGAGCCAGCCGCCAUACCGGGACUUACAGAUUCUGGCCAAGUGCGUCUAAAUCAAGCUCCUCCAAAAGAUACAAACUUCAAUACGCAAAAGUCGUUCUCUGACACAGCGCUCACGGCCUUCGCCCAACUUAUUGCCCUCCGGUUGGCCUCCCAAAGAGCUAUCGUCUCCCUCAUCGACCACGAGAAUGAAUACUUCCUGGCCGAAUCUACGAGUAACUUGAGUCUUAUCGACGAUGACGGGCACAACCAAAAUGCCUGGCUAUCUAUCAGUGGCGCGAGAGUCCCGCGCGGGGCCUCGCUCUGUGAACAGACAUUGCGCCUGGUGCCGAAUCAAGAUACAACGGCGGAAAUGACUCCUGUAUUCCUGGUUCCAGACCUCCGGCUCGACAAAAACAUGAGCAAGCUGGACUGUGUAACGGGCGCACCGUACUUGAGGUUCUAUUGCGGAGUAGCUUUGACCAAUAAAAAAGGCGUCAACAUUGGCUGCGUAUAUGUUGUCGACGAUAGACCGAGGACCGACUUUAGUCUCGAACAAGCCCAGUUCUUGACUACAAUGGCGGCUACAGUGAUGGAUCACUUGGAGAAUAUUAGAGCCAAAGAAGACAUUGUUAGAGUGACAAUGAUGAGCCAGGCCCUCCAUGCGUUCAUUGAAGGGGAGGGCACGAUGGACGGGGAUUGGCAGCGAGUCAGGAAGUACAAUCUUCCAGCUGGGGCUGGAGUAGGCUUUCAUUGGAAGAGCAGUGAAAAUGAUCGGGCUGGGAUUUAUGGCAACAACAGGAAAGAUCUUGAUGCGUCGAUAUCGAUGAGGCCUCUUCCGACUGUAUCCGAAGUGGCACCGAGUCAAUCGCAAUCUCCGUUGCAGCACACCGGCAAUAACUCAGAUGCUCGCUUCAACUUCAACAAUUCGCGCUGGAGCUCUUCGUCGGAAACUCCCCAGGCCCCUCCACUGAAGUCUGUAUUUGAGGGUGCCGAUGAUGCAGCAGAAAUGCUAACUGGUGGGAGAGACACCGGAUUUGCUAAUGACGGGUUUACAAAUCAGCUUCAUACCACCUUCUCCCGCGCCUCGAAUCUUGUUAGAGAAGGCAUGGAGGUUGAUGGAGCGGUAUUCUUCGAUGCUCCUUUUAGAUUCUAUCAAGGACGUAGCACACUCGAAACAGAUACUCGCCGAUUGGAGGAUCAGGAGCCUGAAAGCUCGACAGGCACCGAAGCCCGACCGGGACCACGACCUCGAACCUCACUCCCCAACAACCGCGCCAAGCAUGACGAAGCUAUUUCUGAAUUAAAGUCUGAUGUUCUGGGGUUUUCUACACAUGAGUCCUCCUCGUGGGCCAACCAGGGCAUAUCUCAUGCCACCAGUUUUACUGCCAUCGAUCAGAGUCUUCUAACCUCUCUUGUAAGACGCUAUCCGCGAGGUGAACUUUUUGUCUUCGAUCAAGACGGGGCAAUUUCCCCGCCUGCGGACAUCCUCACGCCAGCAGACCCCCCAAUCUCAAUCACCACUGCGUCCUUCGAGAAGAGGCGUGCCCGUCAUAAGUGUCGUAAACGAAACGAAAUGCUGCGUUUGAUGGAUGCAUUUCCUGGAGCCCGACAAAUAUUUUUUGCACCACUAUAUGAUUCAACAUCUGGAUGCUUCAUUGGAUCUUUCGCUUGGUCAACCUCAGCGACUCGAAUAUUUUCUACUGAGAACCACCUGUCAUAUCUUACUGCUUUUGGGCAUAGCGUGAUGUCAGAAGUUACGCGACUGAAUACAAUGAGCGCUGACCUUGCAAAAGGCGACUUCAUCAGUAACGUUAGUCACGAGCUGAGAAGCCCGCUUCAUGGAAUUCUAGCAAGUGUAGAAUUUUUAGCAGACACUGCCUUGGAUGGAUUCCAAAAGAAUUUGGUCGAUACAGUAGACAUCUGUGGCCGAACGUUACUAGACACGAUUGAACACGUUUUGGACUUUUCCAAAAUUAAGAAAUUUGGGCAGGUAAGUGCGCAGCCAAUGGGAGCCGUUGCAAACCUCGAUGUCUCUGCGAUUAUCGAAGAAGUGCUAGAUGGUGUUUUCGCCGGAUUUGAAUUUAAUGGACUAUCUUCACAAGGACUAGCGGAUACGACAAAUAGUCGAAUGCGAGAUCUAUCAAACUUCAGUGAUAAGAGCGCCAGGGCCAUGGAUGAGCUUCAAUUUGACUUUUUUAAUGAUUCACUUACUGUAAUCAUAGAUAUAGACUACAGAGAUCAGUGGACGUUUCCGACAGUCCCAGGGACUUGGAGACGUUUGACAAUGAAUUUAUUUGGUAAUUCAUUAAAGUAUACCCCCGAAGGUUACAUCAAGGUGAAACUUGAAGCUCGAAACAUACCUCCUGUGAGCUCGGAUAUGAGGGAUGAUGCUAUUAAAAGAACUAUGGUCACGAUGACCAUAUCAGAUUCGGGACAAGGGAUGUCAAGUGAAUUCAUGAAGACAAAAUUGUUCAUACCUUUCACACAGGAGGACGUGACAGCUCCAGGAACCGGGCUGGGUAUGAGUAUUGUGAAGCAAAUCGUUGAUCUGUCUGGUGGCUUAAUCGACAUUCGCAGUGAUCUGGGCAAGGGCACAGAAAUAAAGCUCAGCCUACCUUUAGAGGACUGUCCUCGAGAAUCAGAUGAAAUAGAUCCGACUUAUAUACGCGAAGUCCCCAUUGAUGCUGUUCGACGGCGUGCUUGCGGCCGGACGGUCACCAUGCGUGGAUUUGACGAUGCGUUGGGAAAAUCAGAUCUCCAACUGACUGCGGCCGCAAGCCUAAAGGCUUCCAUCAAAAAAUAUGUUGAGGAGUGGUUCAAUUUAACGAUUGUCUCCAAUGACGCAGUUGCUGAUAUCGUCAUCUCGGAUGAAUCUGCGUUCCUCGGAUCGACAAAAAUUUCUGGAAGCAGCCCUCGGCUAUUGCUCAUUCUCUGCAGUAAUGGAGCACGAAAGGAGUUUUACAAGUCUCAAUUUGAUGUCGGUCAGCUAGUCGAGUUCGUCAGCAAACCCUGUGGUCCUCACCGCCUCGCAAAAGCACUAUUGAACGGCUUUGACGCAGAAGACGCUCUCAAAGAGCCGAGCGAAGACCAGGCAGGUCAGAUGGGACUCCAUAGUAGAGCAUUUUUGCCCAUAGUCACAUUAGAAGAUACCAAGGUAGGUGUAGGUACUAGCAAUCUGAGGUUAUUAGGGGAUUUGAAGUCAUCAAUCGAAUUCUCGCCAACAGCUACUAAUCUCAACAUACCGCCAGCGGCGGAUAUCAUGGCCAAUGAAACGGCCAAUGGGAGGCCCCCGAUGCUACAUAGGAGGUCAAGUGGUGCGGCCGUGAGGCUGAGUAAGAGCAAAGAAUCGAGCACAGAGAAUGCGAGUGUAAGUAAAACGGGAUCAGAAUUGUCUUCAAUAUCUGCCACGGCGAAUAGGCCUGCAUCUCUUUUGGAAAACGCUCCUAGUGGCGAAUUGGGCUUUGAAACGGCUCCUAUACCUUUUACAACCCCAAGGAUGUUGUUAGUGGAGGACAACCCUGUCAACAUGAUGCUACUUGCGGCCUAUAUGAAGAAGAAUGGCUGGGACUACGAAAAAGCCGCAAACGGUUUACAAGCUUUACAAGCAUUCGAACGCCGACCUGAAGGUUUUGACGUCGUUUUCAUGGAUGUCUCUAUGCCCAUAAUGACAGGCUACGAAUCCACCCGCAGAAUCCGCACGAUCGAAUCGGAACGCCGUGCCGCCUACGACCGCCAACAACAACUCGAGCCCCUUUCAUCAACGACCGUCGUCCCGGCCUCGCCCUCCUCCCCUGUUCAAGCGCCGUGGCGUAUCACAAAUUCUCCAUCUACUGCCUCCCGCGACCCGUCUUUGUUACCAUCGAAAGCUAUUCCGGCACUAAUCAUUGCGUUGACGGGUUUCAGUAGCCAGAAAGAUCAGGAAAUGGCAUUUGAGUCCGGAAUGGAUAUUUUUAUGACGAAGCCCGUGAGGUUUAGGGAGGUAGGGAGAAUUUUGAAGGGUUGGGUGGAGAGUCGCGAGAGUGAAAGUGCUGGUGAUGUAAUAAAUGAAGGCUUAACAGAGCCGGAGGAAGGCAUGAGUGGUGUGAAGACUGGAUGGCUUGCCGGGGUGGAAUAG